AUGAAUGAAAUUUCUGCAGCAAGUGCAGCAUCAACAGAAGAUGCUGUGCAACAGCAACAACAGCCAGAGCAAACUAUUCAUAACAAUCUAAGCAUGACUGGCACCAGCAUCCCUGACAACAUCAACAACAGCUCAAAUGGCAUUUGCACCAGAAGUAGCAGCAACAGCAGCAGUGGUAGCACCACCAGUACCACUGCCAACAACAUCCUUUACAGUGGAGGUGGUUGUCUGCCAUUGUCAAAUGAUGCCAGAUUAGAGUUUAUAACAACUUAUACAUUAACCAGUUUACGACUUAAGCAUGAUAAAUGGCAUAAAAUGAUGGCCACCCAGGAGUAUCAGCUCAUUUUGCUGGAUUGGCUGAACAACACACAAAGACGUCUACUCGUUAUGACACUCAAUCCGGCUGGACAUUUAAUACCAAAAAAUUCAAUAAACGAUUUGUAUCAUCAUAAUUACAAUAUGGAAGUUUCAUUAGCAUCCACAUCAUCGGUAAUGGCUCCUGCUGUUGCCACCAUGGCCGCCUCUGCAGCCAUGACAGCUGCCACUGCUGCUUUAUUGGCUCCUCUACCACCACCCUCGAGCAGUUUUUCCACACUGGAUGGUGUUCCGCGUGGUAAAUGUGUGUAUUUUUUAAAACGUCAACUACAUGCAGCAGCAGCAACAUCAGCCUUAACCAGAGACAACUUUCGCCGUGAAGUUGUCUGUGGAGAUUUUCCCAUACACAGUAAAAUCGAUACAUUGGCCGUAUUGUUUGAUGAAAUUUUGCAGCCAUUGUUGCAGAAUUCACUCAAUCGCAAAUUGUGGCCCGAAGUGGUUGGCAAAGAUUUAAACAUACGCAUGAAAGAUGUCCGGAAUACAUUGACGGAGAUUAAAGGCAAAACCAACAAUCGAACAAUUUUAUCGUUAUUAGUUUCGCCAACAGUCAUUGAACAAGUUGCAAGUCAUAUUAAACAAGGCAACCUAGAAGCCGCCUUUGAACCUAAAUUUCGUUCGCAACUCGAGGAAAUGUUUAUCAAUUGGACCACACAGAUCCAUGAUAUUAUACAAGAGAAAUCCGAUUGCAUACUAAACUCUGCUCCGCCGGCAACAAGAACAACAAAAACUUCUACUGUAGCGGUAAAUACACCACAACAGGAAAUACAUUUCUGGAUAAAUCGUCAACAAAAUCUGAAAAAUAUUUACGACCAAUUAAGAACCAACACCCACAAAUCACUGGCUUUUAUAUUGGAAUCUAUAGAUUCUUCUUAUUAUCCGCCGUUUAUGAAGAUUUUCAAGAGACUCGUUUAUGCCUGGCAAGAAGCCAAAGAUAUAACGUUAUGGUUGCAGCCUCUACUGCGUCAGACGGCCACAUUUAAUGCGGUAAAUUUCAGUAAUGCCCAGGAAUUGAUUGCUCCCUUGGUGCAUGUUAUUCAUUUGAUUUGGUCAAAUGCUCGUCAUUAUCGUACCACCCAGCGUAUGACUGUCUUGUUGCGCUGUAUUUGUAAUUUAAUGGUGCGCAGAGCAGCAGAAGAUUUAGAGGUUUCAACACUUUUUCAUACAGAAGCCGAUGAGGGACUCUUAAAGAUUACCAAAACUAUGGAAAUACUGGAUAUGUUUAAAUUCAAAUUAUUGGAGUAUAAAGCCAAAUACACCAGCAAUCAAACCAUAUUACCGGCUUUACCUCAUUUGGCCUCUAGUCUGGCAUCUAUGGAUUCUUGGCCAAUUUCCACAUCUUCAGUAGAAUUGCAGCAAUUGUGGCGUUUUUCAAACGAAGAUGUUUUUGGUUUGGCCUUAAAUGGCUUCUUGGAACAAUUGGCCGAAUUGCAAACGAUUUUUGAGGCUGCUGUUACAUUUCAAAGUUUGGAGAAACUGGAAAUAGGUGGCUGUCGUGGAAAAAUGUUGACCGACAGGAUACGUCAGAUUCAUUCAGAAUUCAAACUACUGUUUGAGGAAUGGACUAAAUUGGAAAUCGAUCUGGGUCAACAACAAUCAAUUGCCAACCUCAAUUACAGCCACAUCAAAAGACAAACAUUUAAAAGGGAACAGAUUAUAUUCUUCCAACGCAUGCAUGUAUUAGAGAAAAAAUUAGCCACCAUAUUACAGCAAGCCUUCAAUGACUGCCACAACUGGGAACAGCUAACCAAGCUUACAACAAUGUUUGCCAAUAUCGUGCAACGACAAACCAUUCAAACCGAAUUAAUGGUAAUUUUACCGCACAUCUUUAGCGUAUUGAAGGAAGAAUUGCUUUUGAUUGAAACCAUUGUCAGUGAAGUGCUAUUGGCAUUUGAAUAUAAAGGUGUUGAAGCCAUACCAAUGGAAAUGAAUUUUCCAACUAUAGCUGGUGCCAUCAUGUGGUUGGAGAAUUAUAUGAAAAGAUGCGAUGUCUUUGCUGGCAAUGAAUUGAAUGCUUUAAUAACUACACUUCUUACUGCUGACAAUCCUUUAAGUUCUCAAUAUGAAAAGUUGACUGCUCGACGCGAUAUUUUGACAACAAAACUUAGUAAUUUGCAGUUGAAAAUUUGGAACAAUUGGCAGCAAACAAUUGAGAAACGCAUUGCCAAAGGACUCGAUUCCAAAGUGAUAUCAUUUGCUAGUGACAUGAAAAUCCUGAAAAUCAAUUUAUCCUUAGAACUUUUUACCUUGUUGAGGGAAACAAAAUAUUUGUUGGCUCUGCAAGAAGUUCAUAAGAGACAGAAACAAGGCGAGACUGCAGCAGCAACAGCUACAGCUACCAACCAGUUAUCAACACAAUUAACAGUUGUGUCAAUACAGCAACAACAACAACAUCCUCUUCAAUUGCCUUUAACACUUUUAGAUUUGUACGCACAACGCGAUAUUUUUUGGCAACGCAAGAUUAAACUAAUGAAAAUCGCCGAAUACUACAACAGCAUCAGGGAGGGUUUAAAUGCAUCCAACGAAAUGCAAUUAAUUCAGCCUGUUGUCGAUGUCAUCGAUGAACGUGUGGAAUGUGCCAGCAAAACAUUGACAUGGCGCAACUUUGAUGCCGAACUUGUCGAUGACAUCUAUGAAAAGACUCAGUCAUUACACUCACGCCUGCAAGACACACGUAACAAUAUACAAACUAUACUCGAUAGUCUAAGACGCUGGAGCCGUGAACCCUUGCAUCAGCGCAGUCUUUAUGGCAAAAACUUGCUAGAGUUGAGACACCAGGAAGAACGCCUAAGGACUCGUGUUUUGCAAUGUGAAGAAACUAAGUUAUUGCUUAAUCGUUUGUUGAUAGAAAAUUUCUAUUUAUUUUUCAAUUAUACAAAACAAAAGAAAGAUAUACAAGAUAACAGUAUACUGGAGUUUCUACGCUCAUUUCCCGAACAACAGCGCAGCAAAUACCUAUUAUAUUUAAAAUCCAUUGAUGACUUAAUUUAUCAAGAAGUAAAGAAUGCCAUGAAAAUCAGCUUAGAGUAUUUGUACAAUGAAAUGUCUACAACCGCAACAACGACAACGACAGUGAAAUCAGCAACAGUAACAGCUAUAGAAAACGCAACAACGUCAACAGCAAAGUUGGCUUUAGCAACAGUAACGGAAACUAAAACCAGGACAUUUUACUACCCCUUCAAAAACAUGAAAUCAAUGGAAACAUUAACGAAAACAACGGCAGCAACACUUAAUAGAGAAGAGUCAUACACAUCGUCAUCAUCAUCAACAUCUAAAGGAACCACAACAAACGCCAAACACUUUCUACCCCAACUACUUAAAAGCAGCCAAAGCCAACAACAAUAUUUACACGAACAGCAGCAUGAAUUACAACUUGCACCUACACUACUGUUACUACAAACCCCAACAAGUAAAUUAACAAGGCGCCCACUUUCCUCCUCCCCCUCCUCCACUUGCUCGGCAAAAGCAAGCCGCAGGGAGUGCACACCCAAUACUAAUAUGGUAAAACCUCCUCUGUUUGAGGUGAAAUUGGAAUUGGUGGGCAUGCAAAUACGCUUUCAGCCAACAUUCGAGUCAAAUGUAGAAAACAAUUUUCAACAAAUUGUGGAACAACUUUUGCUAGAUAUCAGCAGGGCCUGCAACUGUAUGCCACGUAUAUUUCGUGACAACAGCACAACACUGUCGUCAGAUGAUGAAUGGUGCGAUAUUUAUGCGGAGCAAACAACUGAAACUAAACUAAUUCAUGACUACAGCAAUGUAAAUGAAAAACUGCAGCAGCAGCAGCCGCCGCUGCAGCCAAAUAAAGGCAGAGAGCAUGAAGACAUUGUUGAAAGCCAGGUAGAUGGUAAAACAGAUACUACUACAGCUAUGACAAAUAAAAAGUUUACUACUGCAACCGCAAAAGACUUUGAAAUAAAACAACUGAAUGCUGGCAUAAGAAAAAUUGUCAACGAAACGUUAAAUGCUGCUAAAUUAUAUGCCCUGCAAUUCGAAGCGUAUAAACAUUUAUGGUGUGAAAAAUAUUCAAAUGUUUUGAAUCAGCACUUAAAGGAUCUAACAGUGACAAAAACAAAAACAACAACAACAAAACAACAGCAACAACAACAAAGUGAAGGAAAUCUACAAAAAAAGGAUUUUGGAAUAAAUAAAGAAUAUUGUGUAAUGGAAACAUUUAAACGUGAGAUUGAGCGUUAUAAUGAACUCCAUGAUGUCAUUGAACAACUGCAGGAUUUCCACAACGUAAAUGGCUGGUUAUCAAUCGAUAUAAAACCCUUGAAAUACGCUUUAUUGAAUAUGACCUGUAAAUGGUCGCAAUAUUUUAAGAAAAGGCUGUUGCGCUAUGUGGAAACUACACUGGAAAAAUUUAACAAAUUCAUUAAAAACGGCUUUGAAUUACUGCAGCUGCAUGUUGCACGUAAUGAUUUUCGCACUUUGCUGCAAGUGCUCGAAGUGAUGGCGCAAAUUAAACAGCGCGAAGCUUAUGCUGAUAAUCUAUUUAAGCCACUCAAGGAAAUGAUGCAACUGCUAAAGACCUACAAUGUGCAAUACGACGGACAAUUAGUGCGCAACAUUGAUCAGUUGCCCGUUCAGUGGCAACAUCUAAAGGCACAAGCUGUCGCUAAAGCCGAAGCGCUGCAAGAUACAAAACGGCAUCAGCAGCAAAGAGUUUCAGCCAUAAUCAUGCUGUAUACGUGUCAUUUGCAAACGUUUGCCAAGAAAUUCCAAAAAAUGACGUUUUUUCAAACGCCUUGCUCUGAAGUGUAUAGUCUCUGCGAUGAAGUUUGUUUGAAAAUGGAAUGCUUCACUGCACAACAUGAACGCAUUACAUAUUGCUCCCAGCUGCUUGGCAUUGCAGCGCCAGAUGAUGAUACCUUGCGUCUGUGUGCCGCUGAAGUGAGACGCGUCAAACAACUGUGGGACUUUGUACAUGUCAUCGAAUCGUGUAUUGAUGAUUGGCGCUCAUCUCCAUGGCUGCACAUUGACACCGAUGACAUCGAGAACGAGUGCAAACAAUUUACGCGCGACUUACGCACUCUCGACAAGAGCAUACGCGACUGGACCCCGUAUUUGUACAUUGUGGGAGUGCUGAGGGAAUUAGUUGCAUCGUUGCGUACUAUUACUGAAUUGCAAAAUCCAGCAAUUACCGAACGUCAUUGGAUGGAAUUGAUGCAUGUAACAAAGCUCACCUUCAAAACCAAUCAAUCUACCAUACUCGAGCAGCUGCUCAAAUUAGAACUGCACAAACAUGAAGAAGAAAUAAAAAAUACCGUCGAUCGUGCCAUCAAAGAAAUGAGUGUAACAAAAAUUCUAGAUGAAAUCAAAGUAACCUGGUCCGAUAUAAAAUUUGAUACGGAAACCCAUCAGCAACGUACCGACAUCCAGCUACUCAAAGUAUCCGAAGGUCUUAUAGAGACAUUAGAUGACAAUCAAAUGCAAAUACAAAAUAUAGCCACCUCAAAGCAUGUGGAAUAUCUUUUGGAUAAACUCAUGCACUGGCAGCGUGUUCUAAGCAGUGUGGAUUUAUUCAUAAGCAAUUGGUUUAAGGUGCAAAGAAAAUGGGUUUAUUUGGAGUGUAUUUUCAUAGGCUCCUCGGAUAUCAGAGCUCAACUGCCCAAUGAAGCACAAUUUUUCGAGGAAAUUGAUCAGGAUUUCACCCAACUUCUGCAGGAAGUCUCAAACGUUCGUGUAGCUAUUGUUAUAGUACAGCAGCACAAUCAUGUAUUCUCCUCGCUGGAUUUGCUGCAAAAACGUUUGGCUGUAUGCGAAAAGGCUUUGAAUGAAUAUCUGGAAACAAAACGUUUGGCCUUUCCCCGUUUCUAUUUUAUAUCGUCUGCCGAUUUAUUGGACAUACUCUCGAAUGGCAAUAAUCCUUUGGUUAUAGAUCGCCAUUUUAUAAAACUAUUCGACUCUAUACUACGUUUAUCCUAUAACACCAAUACUAAAACAGCCUUGGGCAUGUAUUCCAAGGAAAAUGAUGAGUUUGUGUUAUUUACCUCACAACAAGGUAUUUUAUGUUCAGGUCGUGUGGAAAUUUGGCUUAACGAUCUCAUCAAUGAAAUGCGCAGCACUUUGCAUGAGCUCUUCAAAAGAGCUUUAAAUGUCUAUCUAGAUAAACCACGCGAUAAAUGGCUAAACGAUUGGCCGGCUCAGGUGGCUUUGUGUUGCAGUCAAAUCUGCUGGACAGCCGAUGUAAAUCGUGCCUUUGCCUGGAUGGAGGAGGGCUAUGAGGCGGCCAUGAAGGAAUUACAUAAAAGACAAAUAAUCCAGUUGAAUUCUUUAAUUAAUUUAUUACUAGGAGAACUAUCACCGGGAGAUCGCCAAAAGAUAAUGACCAUGUGCACCAUAGAUGUACAUUCGAGAGAUGUGGUGGGUAAAAUAAUACAGGCACGUGUCGACAGUUCACUGGCCUUUCAGUGGCAGAGUCAGUUGCGUCAUCGUUGGGAUGAUGAUAGUUUGCUGGGUGGCAUCAGUGGUGACUUAGAAAUGGAUGCUGAUUGUUUCGCCAAUAUAUGUGAUGCAGAAUUUCGUUAUGCAUACGAGUAUUUGGGCAAUACAUCACGUUUGGUUAUAACACCAUUAACGGAUCGUUGUUAUAUUACUUUAACUCAGUCAUUGCAUCUUGUUAUGGGUGGCGCACCGGCUGGGCCAGCUGGCACUGGAAAAACCGAAACCACAAAAGAUCUAGGACGUGCACUGGGCGUAAUGGUUUAUGUGUUCAAUUGUUCUGAGCAAAUGGACUAUAAAUCCUGCGGUAAUAUUUACAAAGGUCUUGCACAGACAGGUGCAUGGGGUUGCUUUGAUGAAUUCAAUCGCAUUUCGGUGGAGGUACUGUCUGUGGUUGCGGUGCAAGUUAAGACCAUACAGGAGGCGAUAAAGAUGCAUAAAACCUCAUUCGUAUUCAUGGGCGAAACAAUACCUUUGGUAUCAUCGAUUGGCAUUUUUAUUACCAUGAAUCCUGGUUACGCCGGUCGCACUGAAUUGCCCGAAAAUCUAAAGAGUUUGUUUCGUCCCUGUGCCAUGAUUGUGCCCGAUUUUGCUUUGAUUUGUGAAAUCAUGCUGAUGGCUGAGGGUUUCCAAGAUGCCCGUAUCCUGGCUCGGAAAUUUAUUACUUUAUACACCUUGUGCAAGGAGUUGCUGUCUAAACAGGAUCAUUAUGAUUGGGGUUUGAGAGCUAUAAAGUCGGUGUUAGUGGUGGCAGGCACUUUGAAAAGAGAUGACCACAGUCGGCCCGAAGAUCAGGUGUUAAUGAGAGCCUUAAGAGAUUUCAAUAUACCCAAAAUAGUAACCGAGGAUAUAUCCAUAUUUAUGGGCUUAAUAGGGGAUUUAUUUCCCGCCUUAGAUGUGCCGCGUAAAAGAGUAUUUGAUUUUGAAAAAACCAUACGCCGUGCUGUCAAUGAUAUUAAACUGCAACCGGAGGAAGGUUUUCUAAUGAAGGUAGUGCAGCUGCAGGAACUUUUGGAUGUACGCCAUUCGGUGUUUAUAGUGGGCAAUGCUGGCACUGGGAAAACCAAAAUAUGGCAAACUUUACGUGAAACCUAUCGCAUACAAAAACUGAAACCUGUUUGCAAUAUUCUAAAUCCCAAAGCCUUAACCAAUGACGAGCUGUUUGGUAUUGUAAAUCCCACAACUAGAGAGUGGAAGGAUGGCUUAUUUUCUUCCAUCAUGAGAGAACAGGCUAAUAUGACAAAUACUAAUCCCAAGUGGAUUGUAUUGGAUGGUGAUAUUGAUCCCAUGUGGAUUGAAAGUUUAAAUACUUUAAUGGAUGAUAAUAAGAUUUUGACAUUGGCCAACAAUGAACGCAUUUCCCUAAAGAAAGAGAUGCGUUUGCUGUUUGAGGUGGGUCAUUUGAAGGCUGCUACACCGGCCACAGUUUCAAGGGCAGGGAUAUUGUAUAUAAAUCCUUUGGAUUUAGGCUGGUCACCCUAUGUAUCUUCCUGGCUGGAAACUCGUACCGAUAUGAUUGAACGCGGUAUUCUAACUGCUCUGUUUGAAAAGUAUUUUCCCAAACUUUUAAUGAGACAUCGAGAUUUUCGCCGUAUUAUACCCAUCUCGGAUAUGGCAGUCAUACAAAUGUCUUGCAAUUUACUGGAAUGUUUGCUUGAUACCCAGAUUGAACAUGACUCGACGCCUACCACGAAUGUCAUCAAUCCUCAUAGUCUACACCAUAGUGGUGUGGCUCCCGAUUCCUUGGAAUUAUAUAUUGAAUUGAUAUUUGUCUAUGCCGUAAUGUGGGGCUUUGGUUCAGCUCUGUAUCAGGAUCACAUAAUCGAUUGGCACCGAGAGUUUCAUAAAUGGUGGACAUCGGAAUUUAAGGAUAUUAAGCUACCCUCUCAAGGCACUAUAUUCGAUUAUUAUUUAGAUGUAAGAACUGAGAAAUUCUGCCGUUGGUCAGAAUUGGCCAGUCAAAAACAAAUGCCAUACAUUCCAGAACCCCACUUGCCCAUACAGAAUAUAUUAAUACCCACCAUUGAGACUAUACGUCUGGUAUAUUUUCUAGAGCUGUUGGUAAAUCGUAAUCUACCCUGCAUGCUGGUGGGUAAUUCAGGUUGUGGCAAGGGAGCCAUAUUUCGUGAACUCUUCGCUGUGUAUGCUAAUGCUCAAGAUUCUAUCGAUAGCUUAGGUGCUACAACACAAAUUUCCAAUUCCAGACGUUUAUCUCAAGCAGCUCCCAAAGUUAAAUCAUUAAUAUCCACCACAGUGCAAACAACUCAUUUUAAUUUUUACACUUCGUCGGAAAUAUUUCAAAAAAUACUUGACAGACCUUUGGAAAAGAAAUCUGGUAGAACAUAUGCUCCCUCGGGAGCCAAGAGACGUUUGAUAUAUUUCAUCAAUGAUUUAAAUAUGCCGGAAGUGGAUGCUUAUGGCACCGUACAACCUCAUACCAUAAUGAGACAAUUUAUGGACUACAAACAAUGGUAUGACCGCCAAUGUUUGCAAUUGAAAAACAUACGCCACUGUCAAUUUGCCGCCUGCAUGAAUCCAACAGCUGGCUCUUUCACCAUAGAUCCCCGCUUGCAGCGACACUUUUGUGUCUUCUCUGUAGCAACGCCUAGUGAAUUUACCCUACAAUAUGUUUAUGGCAGUAUUUUAAGUGCCCAUUUAGAAAACCCCACCAACAACUUUAGCAAGGAAAUAAAAUCCAUUGGCCAGGUAUUGGUUAAAGUUGGCAUAGCUCUGCACAAACGCAUGGAAUGUGCUUUCCUGCCAACAGCCGUAAAGUUCCACUACAUCUUCAAUAUGCGUGAUUUAACACACAUUUAUCAGGGUCUUAUGAAUAGCAUGGGUGCUCCUAAUGUCGCUACAAAUAAUAUGGUUUGUACGCGUAAUAUCGGGGGCACAGUUUGCAAUAAGCCUGCAGAUCUUAUACGUCUUUAUGUACAUGAAGCAUUUCGUGUGUACAACGAUCGUUUGGUGGAUCCUUAUGACAUUAAAUCUUUUCGUAGUUCAAUUCGCGAUAUCUUCAAAAAGGAUAUAGAGGAUUUUGAUGAGGAAUAUGUCUUCUCGGAUCCAUUAAUCUAUUGUCAUUUUGCUCAAUCGUUGGCGGAUCAAAAGUAUAUGCCUUUAAAGAGCUGGGAUUGUUUGUAUCAGCUGUUGAUGGAGGCUCAGGCGAAUUACAAUGAAGUUAUUGGUUAUAUGAAUUUGGUGUUAUUCGAGGAUGCCAUGAAACAUGUUUGUCGCAUCAACCGCAUAUUGGAGAGUCCCCGCAACAAUGCUUUGCUGGUGGGAGUUGGAGGUUCGGGCAAACAAACCUUGGCCCGCUUGGCUUCAUUUAUCUCCUCCUUUAGUGUUUUCCAAAUACAAAUUAAGCGAGGUUUCUCUUUGCAAGACAUGAAAGAGGAAAUUGGUGCCCUCUAUAUGAAAGUUGGCUUGAAAAAUAUGGCCUCAGUCUUUCUAAUGUCAGAUGCCCAAAUACCCGAUGAAUCUCUAUUAAUGCUUAUUAAUGAUUUGCUGGCUGCCGGUGAAAUACCAGAACUUUUCAGCGAUGAUCAAUUAGACACAAUAGUAAAUGGCAUACGCAACGAGGUCAAACAAAGCGGUACUCUGGAUUCAAAAGAGAAUUGCUGGCGAUACUUUGUGGAAAAAGUAAGACGACUACUGCGUUUAAUACUUUGCUUUUCGCCGGUGGGUCAAACGUUACGUGUACGUGCUCGUAAAUUUCCCGCCAUACUGAGUCACACCUGCAUUGAUUGGUUUCAUGAAUGGCCCAAAACAGCAUUGGAAUCCGUAUCACAAACAUUUUUAAGCGAAAUUAACACACAAAUAUUACCACGUGAACUUAUUAAUCCUGUCGGUUGUUUUAUGGCCUACGUACAUGGUACAGUGAAUCAGAUUUCAAAGAUUUAUUUGCAAAACGAAAAACGUUAUAAUUAUACGACACCGAAAACAUUUCUCGAAUACGUAUUUCUCUACCGCAAAUUGUUGGUGGAUAGGAGCGGCGAACAUACCAGCCGUAUACAACGCUUACAGAGCGGCAUGGCGAAAUUGGCAGAAUGUGCACGUCAAGUAGAUACACUGAAGAAUCAAUUGGCCGUACAGGAAAUUGAAUUAAAUGCCAAAAAUGCUGCCGCCGAUAAACUCAUACUGAUUGUUAGUGCCGAAAGUGAAAAAGUUAAACAUGAGAAACAUAUUGCUUCGGAGGAGGAGAAACGUGUGCGUAUUAUUGAGGAAGAUGUUUCAUUAAAGACGAAACUAUGUGAAGAUGAUUUACGUAAAGCUGAACCAGCUUUAGUUGCUGCCCAGGUUGCACUGAAUACUUUGAAUAAAAACAAUUUGACGGAAUUGAAAUCAUUUGGUUCACCGCCAAAGGCUGUGGUGAAUGUGUGUGCUGCAGUGAUGGUUUUAUUUGCGCAAAAUGGUAAAAUUCCACGAGAUCGUAGCUGGAAGGCAGCAAAGUUAAUGAUGGUUCGUGUCGAUCAAUUUUUGAAUGAUUUGGUAAAUUACAAUAAGGACAAUAUACAUCCGAAUAUAAUUGAGGUGUUGCAGGAGUAUUUAAAGGAUCCCGAAUUCAAACCCGAUAAAAUCGUUCAAAAAUCCGUAGCAGCUGCCGGUCUAUGCGCUUGGGUCAUCAACAUACAUCGUUACCAUCAAGUAUUCCUCAUUGUUGGUCCCAAACAACAGGCCCUAAAAGAUUCUCAAAAUGAAUUGAUUUCUGCCAGAGAACGUCUUGAGUAUUUAAAGCUGAAAAUCAAUGAUUUGGAACGCAAACUAAGUGAAAUUCAAGCUGAAUUUGAAGAAGCUGUAAAGGAAAAGCAAAAAUGCCAACGCGAGGCUGAUAAAACCACCUUUACGAUCGAUUUGGCACAUCGACUGAUCAAUGGUUUGGCCAAUGAAAAUAUUCGCUGGAAGGAAUCAGUUCAAAAUCUACAGUGUAAGAGUUCGACACUACCUGGUGAUAUCCUGCUAAUUUCCUCUUUUCUGUCGUAUGCUGGCUGCUUUACACGUCGUUAUCGCGAAGAAUUGCAACAGAAAAUGUGGAUGUCAAACUUUCGUAAAAUUGAACCUCCCAUUCCCCACACGGAUUGCGUGGACCAUUUGUCAUUGUUUACAGAUGAUGCCCAAAUAGCAACAUGGAAUAACGAAGGCUUGCCAAUGGAUCGCAUGUCCACUGAAAAUGCCACUAUUCUAGUGCAUUCAACUCGUUGGCCGCUCAUGAUUGAUCCACAAUUACAAGGCAUCAAAUGGAUUAAAAACCGUUUUGGCGAUAACCUGAUAAUCAUACGUCUUACACAAAAGAAUUUCCUGGAAACACUGGAAAAAGCCAUGUCCAAUGGCGAUACUGUACUCCUGGAACAAAUCGAGGAAACAGUGGAUACCGUCCUGGAACCUCUACUCAGUCGAGCAUUAAUCAAACGUGGUCGUUUUAUAAGAAUCGGUGACAAAGAGCUUGAUUUCAAUGCCAAAUUUCGUUUAAUACUCCACACAAAACUGGCAAAUCCUCAUUACAAACCAGAAAUGCAAGCCCAAACAACCCUUAUCAAUUUCACAGUCACUCAAGAUGGCCUGGAGGAACAACUGUUGGCGGAAGUGGUUAAAAUUGAACGGCCCGAUUUGGAAGAAAUGAAAACGGAACUUACCAUACAACAAAAUAAAUUUAAAAUUGCCCUUAAAGAACUAGAAGAUGACUUGUUAGCUCGUUUGGCCUCUGCCGGAGAGAAUGUCCUGGAUGAUUAUGAACUGGUAGCCAAUUUGGAAUCUACCAAGCAUACUGUAGAUGAAAUAGAAUUAAAGGUGAAUGAGGCUCGUGUUACCACCAUGCAAAUCGAUGAGGCCCGCAAUAUGUAUAGAGCGGCUGCAAAACGUGCUGCUAUUUUAUAUUUUGUGCUCUCCGACUUGAGUCGCAUUAGUCCAAUUUAUAGAUUUUCUCUUAAAUCAUUUAUGCAUGUGUUCAAGCAGGCCAUAGUGGUGGCUCCUCAAUAUAGGCAAUACGAAAAACGUGUUGCCUCUUUGGUGGAUUCCAUUACUUGUCAAACAUUUUAUUAUGCCUUGAGGGGUCUCUUUGAAGUGGAUAAAUUGACAUUUACCGCUCAUAUGACAUUGCGUAUCUUGGCUGCUAGUGAACGGAUUUCCCUAGAGGAAAUAGAUUUUCUAUUACGUUUUCCCCAUGAUCCCAACACCUUAUCGCCAGUGGAUUUUAUAGGACGCAUUGCUUGGAGUGGCAUAAAGUCUUUGGCUUUAAUGGACAAUUUCUAUGGCAUAGAUAAGGAUAUAGAAAAUUAUCCAAAACGUUGGCGCAAAUUCUCCACCAGUGACAUACCAGAACGUGAACAGUUUCCGGGAGAGUGGAAGCAUCGCACACCUUUACAAAAGUUGUGCAUAAUGAGAGCAUUAAGACCAGAUCGUGUAACAAAUGCUAUACGUUUGUUUGUGGAGCAGACAAUGGGCCAAGAAUAUGCCCAGGUUAAAACUUUUCAAUUGGCGGAUAUAUUCAGUGAAAUCACAGCAGCCACGCCCAUAUUUUUUAUACUUUGCCCGGGAGUAGAUCCCAUCUAUGAUGUUGAAAGGCUGGGCUUGCAAUUAGGUUUUAGUACUACUAACGAAAACUUAAUUAAUAUUUCUUUGGGUCAAGGCCAGGAAAUUGUGGCAGAGCAAGCAAUUGCCAAAGCUUUGGAUUUGGGACAACAAUGGGUGGUUUUACAAAAUAUACAUCUGGUGGCUAAUUGGUUGCCCACAUUGGAAAAGCUUAUAGAGCGCAUAACUGCGGAUACUGAAAACCUUUCAGAGUCUAAAUUUAGGUUAUUCAUUAGUGCUGAACCAGCCCCCGAUCCCCAGUACCACAUUAUACCACAAGGUAUAUUAGAAUCUUCCUUGAAAAUAGUUAAUGAGCCGCCUGCCGGCAUGGCAGCCAAUAUGCACAAGGCCUGGGAUAAUUUUUCACAAGAGGCUUUAGAGACCUGCACCCAGGAAGCUGAGUUUAAGUCGAUACUUUUUUCGCUAUGUUACUUUCAUGCUGUUGCAGGCCAGAGACGUAAAUUUGGUCCCUUGGGUUGGAAUAAAGUCUAUCCUUUCAAUAUAGGAGACUUAACAAUUUCUGCCUCUGUUUUGCACAACUAUUUGGAGGGCAGUAAUCGCAUACCCUGGGAGGAUUUGCGUUAUCUCUUUGGAGAGAUUAUGUAUGGUGGCCAUAUUACCGAUGAUUGGGAUCGUAGAUUGUGUCAGACUCAUUUGGAGGAGUUACUGCAACAAGAUUUAGUUGAUGGCGAUAUGGAAUUGUGUCCUGGAUUUCCAUCACCUCCCAAUCUAGACUUUCAAGGCUAUCACAAUUAUAUUAAUGAAAUGUUACCACCCGAGUCACCUUUACUGUAUGGACUACAUCCUAAUGCUGAAAUUGGUUUCCUAACAAAUGCCUCCGAACAACUGCUUAAGACCGUGUUCGAAUUACAGCCACGUCAGUCUGAACUUAGUACCUCCUGUGGUGCUCCGCGCGAGGAAUUGGUGAAAAUAAUGGCAGAUGAUUUUCUAGAUAAAUUGCAAGUGGAGUUUAAUCUCCAAGCUUUGCUAAAUCGUGUAGAACGUAAAACACCUUUUGUGGUGGUGGCUCUGCAGGAAUGUGAACGCAUGAAUAAUUUAAUACGGGAAAUAAAGAGAUCUCUGCGUGAGCUGUUGUUGGGUCUUAAGGGUGAGCUUACCAUAACCUUGGAAAUGGAGCGUUUAGAUCAUGCUCUCUUUUAUGAUCAUGUGCCAGAGUCUUGGACUAAUUUGGCUUAUCCCAGUAUGUUGGGUUUGCAGAGCUGGUUUGCUGAUCUCUUGCAUCGCAUCAAGGAAUUGUCACUGUGGCUUAAUGAUUUCAAAUUGCCCUGUACCAUCUGGUUGGGAGGACUCUUUAAUCCGCAAAGUUUUCUAACGGCCAUUAUGCAAGAGAGUGCAAGGAAGCAUGAUCUGCCUUUGGAUCGUAUGUGUUUGGCUUGUGAUGUCACCAAAAAAGAUGUGGAUAGUGUAACUUUACCACCUUUGGAAGGUGCCUUUAUACAUGGUCUGUAUUUGGAUGGCGCUAGCUGGGAUUGCCAAUUGAACUCUAUUGUUCCUUUACAUCCUAAAGAAUUACUUUGUUCCAUGCCGGUUAUUUGCAUUAAGUCUAUUGUACAAGAGAAACAGGAUCUGCAUCGCAUCUAUGAAUGUCCUUUGUACAAGACUAGAUCUCGUGGCAACACUUAUGUUUGGACUUUUAAUCUUAAAUCUCGUGAACGCCCUUGUAAGUGGAUUUUGGGCGGAGUGGCUUUGCUUUUGCAGGCCUAACUUAAAAAAAGCACAUCUUUAAAAGCACAC